GGGAACGAGGUACCAAUUCAAAUCGAGCAGGCCGGGUGGGGGCGAGCCGGGGGAGGCGCCGAUCUCUCUCUCUCUCUCCCUCGCCGUUCCUUCUCUCACUCUCUCAAAAGGAAGAGCGGGUGCACGGUAAAAAGGGCUCUCGCUCGCUCUAUUUCGUACCGUUGAAGACUUGGCAAGAUCUACUCCCUUUUCCUCUGUCCCUUCUUUUAUCGUUAUCGUCUCGGUAGAAGGAUCUUGUCUCUUUCUUUCUCUCUAGCGGCUGAUCUCGGAAAGGGGGCUGAGGGAGUGGCCGUAACUUUCUACAUGUUUGGUGGAUCAAGAUGAUGGGAAGUUUUGUUACAAGAGCCUUGGCAUUGGUCCUUGGCUAUGCCUAUCCGGCCUAUGAAUGCUUCAAAACGGUGGAGUUGAACAAGCCAGAGGUUGAACAGCUGAGAUUCUGGUGUCAGUAUUGGUAUGUUCUUGUUGCUUGUUGGGGGAAGGAUUUUAUUUUCAAAUCUCUGGUCACUUGUGGGACUGAAAGAAGACUUUUUGAUUUUAAACAUUUUUCUAGGAUUUUAGUUGCUGCACUGACCGUCUUUGAGAGGGUUGGAGAAUCUUUUAUUUCAUGGUUACCAAUGUACAAUGAGGCAAAGCUGGCAUUCUUUAUAUAUCUUUGGUACCCAAAAACAAAGGGAACUACAUAUGUCUAUGAAACUUUCCUUCAGCCAUAUGUUGCAAAGCAUGAGAAUGAAAUAGAUCGUAACUUGCUUGAGCUGAGAACGAGAGCUGGGGAUAUUGUUGUCCUUUAUUGGCAAAAGGCUGCAAGCUAUGGCCAGACAAGGUUUUUUGAAAUCUUACAGUACAUUGCUUUGCAGUCACCCUCGCAGUCAUCGAGAUCAUGCCCUGUCCAGCGACGGCAGCAGCCUCAGCAGAUCCGCCGAAUGGCAUCUACAUUGGCUGAUCGCCAACAAUCAGUCUCACAAGAGCAUCAGCAGCAAACAUGUGCACCACCCAACCCCACCAAAAGCCAGUUGCAAGAACCCACAAAGGCAGGUGCCCCUCCACCAGCCCCUCUGGUUGCCCAGCCAUCAAACUCACCAGCACUUGCCAGCUUGCCUAAUUCUGAAGCCACCGCUCUUCCCACUCCAGCAGGUGAUGGAGAUGCAAUGCAGAUGGAAGUGGCCCAUGCUGCAUCCAGGGAAGACACAAAUGCUUCCUCACAAGAGACUCCCAUGGAAGAGGCAAUCCGCAUGACCCGUGGCAGGUUGAGAAAAAGAGCUGCCACUGCUGGUCCCUCAAUUCGUCAGUAGCAUUUCUUGCUUGCUCUCUCAAUAUUUCCUUGAGCAUUGCUUGUUCGUUGGUAGAGUGGAAAGAUGGGGUGAUUGAUUUGAGUGCAUUCUUUUGAAUCGAUCAACACAUGUAAAUAACCUAGAACAAGGUGGAGAUGCAUGUAUAGACAAGCAUCUAGUUGAUGAGUUUAGAGGGCAAACGAUGCUUGGUGGUGGCGUUGAUGAUAUCUAUGCAAGUAGCUGUUUGGUUCUUGAUGUCAUUUUGCCUGCCUUUUUAAUUGUCGUUGGUAUUGGUUGCUUUGAAGUUUAGUAAUGACAAUCAGGGGUGGCAUCUAUUAUUUCCUUUGGUAUUUA